AUGGAUCGCUGCAGUGAAAGAGGAGUGUGCUUUGGUCUAAGCGGGAACGAAUUCAAAUGCGUACCGACGGAAGCGGAUAGAGUGGAGUGGGAGUUGAUAGCAGGCUAUCCAUCGCGGCGAGAAGAUGCGGCGAGUCCCCUGCAGGGCCGCCGGCCGGAGAGGAGAGGAGAGAAUUGUAUGGCUUCAACCGAUUCAUGUGAAUGGUGCGGAGGCGACGCCCAUCCUGAACAAUCCCAGGACGCUCAAUGUCGACAAUAG